GUUAUUGUAGAUCUCGAGCGCCUGUGUUCACGAUGUCAUAAAGAAUUUCGGCUCGAUCCUAAGGGCAAUGUAGUUACAGCUGAAUGUAUGCGUGGUGAGUCGUAUUUUUCGUGCUGCGGUGCAGAUCGCAACACGCCCGGAUGUUGUGUGGCAGAAGCCCACGUCUCUGACACCUUAAAUGCAGAAGCUCUACGCGAAUUCUGUCCCACACCUCCUUCACGAGGAGAAGAUGAUCCACGUAAUGAAAAGGUAUAUGCCAUGGAUUGCGAAAUGGUCUAUGGUGUAUGGGGCCCAGAAUUGGCUCGUGUAUCUGUUGUAGAUAUGGACAAUAAAUUAGUGCUUGAUCUCAUAGUUAAGCCCCACAAUAGAGUUAUCGACUACAACACACGGUUUUCCGGUCUGACCGCUAACCAAGUUGAAGCCCAAAAUCGUCUUUUUGAAUUAGUAAACGACCAAAGUAUAUUGAUUGGGCAUAGUUUGGAAUCAGAUUUGAAAGCAAUGAGACUUCGACAUGAAAAAGUCGUGGACACUGCGGUCGUUUAUGAAAUCAAUCUCUCAAAUUUUCGACUUAAUCGCAGUGAAAUAACCUGUUUGCUUACAGAUAGCGGUCACGACAGUCAGGAAGAUGCUGCCACUUGUAUGAGCCUAAUGCUUUUGAAAGCGAAGGAGGAUUGCAAAUGA